AUGCCUGAUAAGAUUGAAAAUAAUACCCGCAAGCGACCACGUGAGCUGCCAUUUGUUGAAGAUUACCGCCCCUACACGGGAGGGCAGUUGGCUCAACUGAAGGUUCGUAAGACCACUCACAAGGAGCAUUGGGAUCAGUACUAUAGAAACAAUACAUUAAACGGUUACCGCGAUCGUCAUUACAUCUUGCGCGAGUUUUCUGAACUCCGUGAGGCUCUCGAAAGGUUGAAGAAGAACAACGAAGCUACGUUGGAGGAGUGUGUGUGGAUGGAAGCCGGUUGCGGUGUCGGUAACGCCGUAUUUCCUAUUCUUAAGGAUUACGGUGACGUUUCUGGAUGGCGAGUUGUUGGUUUUGAUAUUUCUACUGUAGCGAUUAAACUCCUGCGUGAGAAACAAAAUACACUCCCACAUGUGGAGCAGGAGAAGUUUACUGCCUGGGUGCUGAACCCCGUUGAGCAGGAUAUUGCCCCCAUCAUCACGGCAUCCGUAGCGAGGCAAUCCCGCCCUCGUGGUGAUGGGUUGGUGGAUUUUGUCUCCAUGAUUUUUGUUCUAUGCUCUAUUCCGGUUGAAGAGCAUGCAGUAGUGUUGCGGCGCAUUGCGGCCUGCAUGAAGGAGGGUGGCGUUUUCUUUUUCCGGGACUAUUGUGUGGAUGAUCAUGCGGAGAAGCGGUUUAGCGCGCACUGCCGUGUGGAAGCGAACACCUUUUCACGUACGAAUGGGACGUUAAGCCACUUUUUCUCCGUUUCUGAGUUGAGGGAUCUGUUUUGUUCCGUGGGUUUUGAGUUGAUAAACGUGGAAGUGGUUGAGAGAGAAGUUGUCAACAGGAGGGAGGGCAUGAAUUUACAACGGCGAUUCUUGCAAGGACGCUUCCGAAAAAUACGGAGAAUAGGUGACAAUGGAAUUGAUAUUGCGGGGAACGGGAAUCUCAGCAGGAACAUGCCCCAAAAGUGA